AUGAAAAGUAAUAUGGCGAUAAGCAUGUACAACAUUUCCAGUAAAUGGAUUAAAUCAUUUAGCGCAGCUUGGAUUAAAUCGGUGCCAGAAGCGGUUCGGAGUCACUACGCUAAUUUUUUUAGAAUGGUGAGCGUACGCGAGGCCUUACCCGCCGUAUUCGAGUACGACGAGAUAGAGUAUGCCGCGAUUACGAAUUGUAAUCUCGCCCGUACGAAUUCUCAUCCACGGCAAUUGGCUGGGCAGGUGUAA